ACAUUCAGCCGCACCUUCGGGCUCGAGCCCGCCGCCAUGAUCGACGCCAUGCUGAACGAUCCGAACCUGAUGAACCUCGUCGGCGGCGAGGAGUUCGCGAGUGACGGCCAGGUGGAAGCCGUCGCCGACGUCAUGGAGGCUGGAGUCCCGGAGCACGACGUGGCGGCGAACCUCGGCAUGAGCAGCGAUGUCAGCGCGGAGGUCGACGCGAUCAUGAGCGGCGAGGGCGCGGCGGGCUCUGGCAAUGCCCCUGCCGAAGCUGCGGUCGACCCCUCGGCCUGGGGCGCCAUGGCCGCGCUGGGGGCGGAGGCCGAGGUCUUUGAUCAGCAGGCGGCGGCUGCGGGCAUGCUGGACGGCGCGGGGGCACGCCCCCUCGAGGAGGCGUGCGCCGCAGAGGGCGCGCCCGCCGCUGCGGAUGAGGCGCCCGUCGCGGCGGUCGGCUCGUGCGAGGGGGCCGUCUACGUCCCUCCAGCGAGCGUCUUCGCGCCCACCAUCAAUCGCGGCAUUCCGAUCGAUCAGCUGUUUCCGAG